AUGUCUAUUUCUGUGAAAGAUUUGGAACCUGCAUUUCAGGGUGCAGGACAGAAACCAGGAACUGAAAUUUGGAGAAUUGAGAAUUUCCAACCAGUUCCUGUGCCAAAAUCUGAACAUGGUAAAUUCUACUCGGGUGAUUCAUAUAUCGUCUUGCAGACAACUUCUGGCAGAGGAGGAGCUUAUUGGCAUGAUAUACAUUUCUGGCUUGGAAAGGAUACUAGUCAGGAUGAAGCAGGAACUGCAGCUAUCAAAACAGUUGAGCUUGACGCGAUUCUUGGAGGACGAGCAGUACAGCAUAGGGAAAUCCAAGGUCAUGAAUCGGACAAAUUCUUGUCAUACUUUAAACCAUGCAUCAUACCAUUAGAAGGAGGUGUUGCAUCUGGAUUCAAGAAACCGGAGGAGGAAGUAUUUGAAACGAGGUUGUAUGUCUGCAACGGUAAACGAGUUGUUAGGAUGAAGCAGGUCCCUUUUGCUCGGUCAUCGCUAAACCAUGAUGACGUGUUCCUUCUAGACACUGAAGACAAAAUAUAUCAGUUUAAUGGUGCAAACUCCAAUAUCCAGGAGAGGGCUAAAGCAUUAGAAGUUACUCAGAUACUGAAGGAGAAGUAUCAUGAUGGCGUGUGUGACGUUGCAAUUAUUGAUGAUGGAAAUUUACAAGCUGAGUCAGAUUCUGGAUCAUUUUGGGUUCUGUUUGGUGGCUUUGCUCCAAUUAGCAAAAAGGUUGCUACCGAUGAUGAUAUCGUUCCUGAGAGAACUACUGCUCAACUUUAUAGCAUUACUGAUGGCCAGGUCAAUUCUUUGGAUGGUGAACUUACAAAAUCCAUCUUGGAAAAUGACAAAUGCUAUAUUUUGGAUUGUGGUUCCGAGGUUUUCAUGUGGGUAGGCCGUCAUACUCAGCUCGAGGAGAGGAAAAGUACUAUUCAAACAACAGAGGAAUAUCUUGCCAAUCAAAAUAGACCUAAGUCAACACGUAUAACCCGGAUUAUUCAAGGCUAUGAGACACAUUCAUUUAAGUCCAAUUUUGACUCUUGGCCAUCAGGAUCAACACCUGCCCCUGAGGACGGACGAGGGAAAGUAGCAGCUUUGGUGAAGCAACAAGGUGCUGCUGUCAAAGCUGCUAGCAAAAGUACUUCUGUCGAUGAGGAAGUCCCACCUUUGCUUGAAGAAGGUGGAAAGAUAGAGGUGUGGCGUAUCGAUGGCAGUGCAAAGACUCUGAUACCCAAAGAAGACAUUGGUAAAUUCUACAGUGGAGAUUGUUACAUAGUUCUCUACACAUACCAUUCUCAUGAAAGGAAAGAAGAUUAUUACUUGUGUUGGUGGAUUGGAAAGGAUAGCAUCGAGGAGGAUCGAGAAAUGGCUGCACAAUUGGCUAGCACAAUGUGCAAUUCACUUAAAGGGAGACCUGUGCUGGGUCGGGUAUACCAAGGCAAAGAACCACCACAAUUUGUUGCAAUAUUCCAUCCCAUGCUGGUCCUUAAGGGUGGAUUAAGCUCUGGCUAUAAAAAUCAUAUUGCAGAAAAUGGCUUGAAUGAUGAAACAUAUGCUUCUGAUACUGUUGGCCUUUUCAGGAUAUCUGGAACUUCUAGUCAUAACAACAAAGCAGUUCAAGUCGAUGUUGUGGCGACUUCACUGAACACUUACGAGUGUUUUCUUCUGCAAUCUAGCUCUUCAGUAUUCAUUUGGCAUGGAAAGCAAAGUACCCAUGAGCAACAGCAGUUAGCAGCAAAGAUUGUGGAAUUCUUGAAGCCCGGAGUGACAGUUAAACACACUAAGGAAGGAACAGAAAGCUCAGCUUUCUGGCUUGGUAUUGGAGAAAAACAAGAUUUUACCAGCAAUAAAUUAGCUCCUGAAGCCACCAGGGAACCUCACUUGUUUUCUUGUUCUGUUAAUAGAGGAAAAUUCGAGGUUGAAGAAAUCUACAACUUUUGUCAAGAUGAUUUGUUGACUGAGGACGUCAUGGUUCUCGACACACAUUCUGAAGUUUUCGUUUGGGUUGGUCAAUCAACAGACUCCAAAGAAAAGCAAAGUGCUUUUGAAAUUGGACAAAAAUAUGUAGAGCUGGCUGCAUCUUUGGAAGGGUUAUCCGCUGAUGUUCCACUGUAUAAAGUCACAGAAGGAAAUGAACCAUGCUUCUUUACAACAUUUUUCUCAUGGGAUCCUGUAAAAGCUACUGCACACGGAAACUCAUUCCAAAAGAAGGUUAUGAUACUCUUUGGAUUUGGUCAUGCUUCCGAGAAUCAUAGAACAAAUCAAGAUGGACCAACUCAAAGAGCCUCAGCAUUAGCUGCAUUAAACUCUGCAUUUACUUCAUCGUCUGCUGCGAAAGCUAGUUCUGUUCCAAAGCCUACAGGAGCAAGUCAGGGUUCACAAAGAGCAGCUGCAGUAGCUGCAUUGUCUAAUGUUCUUACAGAGGAAAUGAAGCAGUCAAAUUCGCGCGGAUCUUCUCUCCAAUCAAGUAGAAGUCCAUCAGCUAGCCCCACUGCUAGGGCAAAGCAUGCUCGGUUUAAAGAAUCCGAAGAACGUUCAGAACAUCAGGAGAACGAGGUCGCUGAGCACGCAGCAGAGACUAAUGAAGAGGACUCGGACCUGAAACCACCAGACGAGGUGUUCAGUUAUGAGCAGCUCAAGGCUAAGUCGGAAAAUCCUGCUACUGGCAUUGAUACUAAACGAAGAGAGGCUUAUCUUUCGGACGAGGAAUUUGAAUCUGUACUAGGAAUGACAAAAGAAGCAUUUUACAAGGUCCCAAAAUGGAAGCAAGACGUGCACAAAAAGAAGGUUGAUCUCUUUUAG